UUUUGUAAGAGCUGUUAGCUCAGCUAAUUGAGCACUUGUGCCUGGAGGGAGAGAUGCACUGCAUAUGCAUAUUCCUUGUUCUGCAAAAGAGCUCCCAUCUGUGAAGAGGAACCCAGACUGAGUUCUCUCGGGAAGUUUCUCCGGUAUCUUCCCUGGCCACAUAGGUGGGUACUAUGAUUUGUUCAUAGUCAUGCUCAGGUUCCCCAGUUUCCUCAGGGAAGAAGGUGGCUGGAUUUAGAUGAGAACAAGUCUUUAAUUGGAUGUUGGAACCUUCUAACAGCAGGGCCUGAUGUGUAAGGAGUUGGCUGUCUGUUAGCCCAAAGGCUCCCCCCUAGGGUGCAAUAGUCCUGCCGUGUUAUGUGGGGUGUAAACAGUUAAAUCAUUUCCUAGGAUUAGUUUGGAGGCUUCUGAGACCAGUAGAGCCACUGAGGCAAUGGCUCAGAGACAUGCUGGCCACCCUUUAGCCACCAAAUCAAGCUCCUUACUUAGGUAACCCAUUGGCUGUUGAGCUGGUCCUCGGGCCUGUGUUAAAACUCCCAGGGCCAUUCCCUUCCUUUCUGAUACAUACAGAUUGAAGGCCUUCCCUACAGGAAGGCUGAGGGCUGGCGCCUUGAGCAAGGCUUGCUUUAGCUGGUUGAAGGGGUUUUGAGCUUCAGGUUCCCAGGUUAAGAUGAGUUUUAGCUCCCUGAGCUUCUUUUAUGAGGUUAUGUAAUGGACGGGCUAUUUCACCAUACCCAGGUAUCCAUAGUCUACAAAAUCCUGUAAUGCCCCAAAAUCCUCUUAGUUGCUUGAGGGUUUGGGGGCGAGGGAAGGAGAAAAUAGGCUUAAUCUUCUCUUCCCCUAAUACUCUGGUCCCCUUGGACAGUACUAAUCCUAGGUACUUCACUGAGGUUUUGCAGAGCUGGGCCUUGGAUUUUGAAACCUUAUGUCCUCUGUUAGCUAAGAAGUUGAGAAGAGCUUCAGUGCCUUCCUGAGAAGCUUCCUCAGUUGGGGAACAGAGCAGAAUAUCAUCAACUAAUGCAAGACCCUAACUUGAGAAUGAGAGAAUUCAGAAACGUCUUGUGACAGUGCCUGUCCAAACAGAUGAGGACCAUCUCAAAAUCCCUGAGGCAACACUGUCCGUGUUAACUGGGCAGUCUGGCCAGAGGAAUCUUCAAAGGCAAACAGAUACUGAGAAUCAGGAUGUAAUGGUCCUGUAAUGAAAAGGGAACUUGAACCCUCAUGGCACCAUUCCCAUCAAGCAUUUCCUGCAGAGUGGCUUACAUGGCUAUCAGAAUUGAAGCUCAAGGUCACCAGAGUUUUGCAAUACCUUCAGGAACAUUCUGGCUUUGGAGCUCACUACUCUCCCAGGACAAGGAGCAUCCAAGAUACCUGAUCCCAGAACUUUGCAAACAGUUUUACCAUUUGGGCUGGGUCACUGGGACUGGAGGAGGAAUUAGCUUGAAGCAUGGCGAUGAAAUCUACAUUGCUCCUUCAGGAGUGCAAAAGGAACGAAUUCAGCCUGAAGACAUGUUUGUUUGUGAUAUAAAUGAAAAGGACAUAAGUGGACCUUUGCCAUCUAAGAAGCUAAAAAAAAGCCAGUGUACUCCUCUUUUCAUGAAUGCUUAUACAAUGAGAGGAGCAGGUGCAGUGAUUCAUACCCACUCUAAAGCUGCUGUGAUGGCCACCCUUCUCUUUCCAGGACGGGAGUUUAAAAUUACACAUCAAGAGAUGAUAAAAGGAAUAAAGAAAUGUACUUCCGGAGGGUAUUAUAGAUAUGAUGAUAUGUUAGUGGUACCCAUUAUUGAGAAUACACCUGAGGAGAAAGACCUCAAAGAUCGAAUGGCUCAUGCAAUGAAUGAAUACCCAGACUCCUGUGCAGUACUGGUCAGACGUCAUGGAGUAUAUGUGUGGGGGGAAACAUGGGAGAAGGCCAAAACCAUGUGUGAGUGUUAUGACUAUUUAUUUGAUAUUGCCAUAUCAAUGAAGAAAGUAGGACUUGAUCCUUCACAGCUCCCAGUUGGAGAAAAUGGAAUUGUCUAAGCCGAAAGGAAGUCUAAUUAUAUACAGAGAUAAAGCUCAACAUAAUUAUUAUUUAAAUAAAAGCUAUUUUUUUAAUGAAUUGAAAUUUUUCAUGAUGCUACUAAUUUACCACUAAAUACUGCAAAUGGUCACCCUGAAUCUCUUCUGACAUUGGAUGUUAUUUGCUUAUAUUCUUAUAAUUUUAAAUGAGGGGACAGUGAAAUGACAAUUUUAUACUCUAUGUUUUUGUUUAUUUUUAAAUCCUUAACAGCAAAAUAUUUGCCUUUAAUUUCUUUUUUAUAUAUACUCUCAGAAAAUUCCUCUUAAUUUUUAAAGAUGCUGGUGAUAAUAAAAUUCACUGGAAAAUUUC